AGACUGUGAAUUAUGAGAAAGUCGAUAUUCCUUCAUCAGUGCAUAUGUUAAAAUGGGACCAUCAAGCACUGCAAGUGAUGGCAGUUUGGGAACAAUUUUAGGCUGUUGCCUGCAGAAUGUUGAUGACAACUCUGGCAUAUUCUCAAAUUUCCAAAUGGAGAGUUUACGAGACUUGGGUGUGCUGUCCCUGUUAGAUUUUGUGCUGCCCACUGAAAGAAUGAUCAUAUAAGUGUAGCAGGAUUACAAAGUUAUAAAUCUAAAACAAUAUGGAUAGACUUACUUGAUGUAGAGUCAUUUUAGUGCCAGUUUUGCAAGAUUUCUGUAGAAACAUAGUUAAAAUGCAUAGGUAUAGGCCCUAAAAACUUUUAUUAGUGGAAAUUACAUCUUGAGACAUCCAUAAAAUAUCUGAGCCCAUUAGACUUUUCAUAAUUUAUUUUUUUAAUUUUCUUGCUUGAAUCACUUCUUCUUUUGAGGUGUUCCUAUUUGUAUUGCUUCUUAGGUCCUCCUUGAUUCUUCUUCACACUUAGAUACUUUACUAUGCACACGCUGCUACUUUACCCUGCACUGAGCUCUGUUUUUUCUUAAGUAGUACACUUUGUUUACACAGACUUGCUUUUUUUUUUUUCUUUUUUACUACAAUAGCUUUGGGAUUUUUUAUUCCCUUUUCUGUCCUGUUUUUCUGCUUUUACACUUGUACUUUUAUUUAUCUUUUACUGCCAUUCUUUUGUUUGUUUUGUACUACUACACUUGUUCUUUUAUUUCUCUUUUACUGCGGAUUUCUACUUGGGCUUCGAGCCUCCGUUGCAAAGGCGUUCCUCAGGCCACACACAUCAUCGUCAUCAUCGUGUGUCUUUGUUUACGCUUUGCCGAUCCAAGCAUGGCCCAGGCCCAGUUACAGCAACAACAGAAAGGCAGUCAAUCUGCUGACUUUGGACCAGAUAGUGGAGGCAGGAUAAAGGUACCGGGAUUGACAAUUGUGAAGCCGCUGAUCUAUGGCAAUGUGGCACGAUAUUUUGGUAAGAAGAGAGAGGAGGAUGGACACACACAUGAGUGGACAUUGUAUGUCAAGCCUUACAACAAUGAAGACAUGUCCAACUAUGUGAAGAAGAUCCACUUCAAGUUACAUGAGAGCUAUGCUGACCAGAACAGAGUGCUGACCAAGCCACCGUAUGAGGUUACUGAAACAGGUUGGGGAGAGUUUGAAAUUGUCAUCAAAAUAUUCUUCCAUGAUCCCAAUGAAAGACCUGUCACAAUAUACCACAUCCUCAAGCUGUUUCAGUCUCCCCCUGGCACCACUCCAGCAGCAGUUACAGGAGACUUCAAGAAGCCACUGGUCUCAGAGUUUUAUGAGGAACUCAUCUUCCAGGACCCGUCAGCCAUGAUGCGUCAGCUUCUUACCAACACCCGACAGUUGACCCUCGGGGAGUACAAGCAUGACACUGACUUUGAGGAGAAGAAAGAAAAAACUAUAAAGAACUUACUGAAUGCCAAAGAAAAGAUUUCAAAUGAAAUUGUUGACCUGAGGGAAAAAGUGAAGCUGGCCAAAGACACCGUAGCAAAGUUCAAAGAAGAGAUCAGUAAAUACCAGGGAGAUAUUCCUGUGGAUGUGUCUGGGCUCUCCUAGUGAAGGGUGGAUGGCUGGGGCCUUUUCCAGCAAUUUCCUUGUAAGUUACUGUGUGUCUCAGAUUGUACAUUGUGUGUGUGUGUGUGUAUGUGUGUGUAUACUUAACCCUUUCCAUCUGUGACUCAGACGUCGGUGUCACAGUAUGGAAAGGGUCAAGAGGAAAUGGAAGAGGAUUAAUCCUCUUCUAAACCUCUCAAUCCUCCUCUAAAUUCCUCUUAAUCCUCUUCCAUUUCCUCUUAAGAGGUUUAGAAGAGGAUUAAGAGCAAAUGGAAGAGGAUUAAGAGGUUUAGAAGAGGACUAACGGUGACGCUGACGUCGGCGUCGCCGGAGUGAAGGGGUUAAUUAAACUUUGCAAGCAUCCUUCAGUAACAUAAUUCUUUAUAGGUACUAUAGAUUUUUAUAUUUAAAAAAAAAGGUGUUUAGUUUCAAUUGACUCAUUUGUCUUUUGUACACCCCACAACUUGCAGAUCAUUAGAGAUGAGAUGUAAGAAGACCCACUUUGUUAGUGUUUGAGUAUUUUUUAAUGAUUUCUUUUCUUGACAGCCUUAGUAACAAUAAGUUUCAGUCAUGCAUCAAAAGGUGGGUAAGCCAAAGUUACCUAUCCCAUAUAGCUUGAAUGUCUAACUUUCACUAUGUGGUGUGAUUUUCCCAUUGUAAUUGUUUAUAGUCAGACCUCUCAUAUUAUUUCUUUAGAGUUGCUGUGGGCAGAAACAUUUGCUGUACUCAAGCGUCUACCUUUUUAACUCCCUCCAAGGCAGAAGCAUCCACUUUCACCUUGCUAACACUCCUUCAUUUCAUAUUCCCUCUUUUGUACUAGACCUCAUCUUGUAUUUCAAAAGGAACUGUUUUCUUAUAGAUACCACAUUUGUAAUUAUAUUUCUCCUCCUAUUCUUCAUGUGAAAAAGUACACCAUUGAUUUACAUUUGAUUAUCUCUACUGAUACCAGUCAUGGCAAACCCUUUUCAUUAGUCAUAUGGUCAUAUCACCUUUUCCAUGUAUGUUACAGAUUUCUCAUUAAAUUUAUCAGUUACUUGGGCCCUUGAUCUCUAACUGUCGUGUUUCAGCCACAUCUCACUUGCAUACAUCUACAUAAUUACAAUUAUUUCAUUGUAGUCCUUUUUUUAUGUUUAACAUGCCCAUUGCUCAAAGUUUUUAUCAUACACUUUACUGACAUCACCAUCUAUAAGCGUUUCUCACACAUUAUGUUGUUUAAAGUUGUGAUCAAUAUAAUCUUGACGUAAGUGUAUAAAAAAUAAAAUAUGAUUUUGUAUA